GUAGGGACUGAAAUUAAGUAGUUCUGAAGCAAGGAUAUUAGAGAAUGUUCGUUCACUUGGUUGCCUCCCGUACCAAAGAGUGAAGUAGCCCAGCCGUCACAUUUGUUAUUGGUCCCUAUCAGCAGCAGCAGGAGGCGGGUCCGUCCCUCAUUAUGUUGGUCCUUGUGCUUGGAGAUCUCCACAUUCCCCACCGGGUCAGUUCACUGCCGGCAAAAUUCAAGAAGCUGCUGGUGCCGGGACGUAUCCAACACAUUCUGUGCACUGGCAACCUGUGCACCAAGGAGAGCUAUGACUACCUCAAGACCUUGGCUGCCGAUGUCCAUGUUGUGCGUGGCGACUUUGAUGAGACGAGCUAUCCUGAGCAGAAGGUGGUCACAGUGGGACAGUUUCGGAUUGGCAUGUGUCACGGCCACCAGGUAGUGCCGUGGGGAGACCCUGCAGCACUCUCCCUCAUAGCACGGCAGUUGGAUGCAGACAUCCUCAUCUCUGGUCACACUCACAAGUUUGAAGCGUUUGAAGCAGAGUCAAGAUUCUUCAUCAAUCCUGGCUCAGUGACGGGAUCAUACAGUGCACUUGACGGAGAGAUCACGCCCUCCUUUGUGCUAAUGGACAUCCAGAGCUCCACUGUGGUGACCUAUGUGUACCAGCUCAUUGGUGAUGAAGUCAAAGUAGAGAGAAUAGAAUAUAAAAAAGUAAACUAAAUGUGUGAAAUGAUAGUAAGUGUUUAAAUAAGAGACAGUUAUUUUCUUCUAUAGUUAAAAGGCUUUGGUAAUUUGCUAUUUUAUGUGAAAGUAAUGUUGAUAUAAUUGAAGUACAUUGACUCACAAAUCAAAGUUACAAGAGCACUUUCACGUAUUGUUCAGAGGAUUCCACAUGUUAAAGAAGUAAUGUCAGGGUUUUUUUAAGCAUAAUGUCAGGGUUUUCUUUAAGUAUGCUUACAAAAUCAAUGUUGAAUUGUAUAAGAGUUUGUCGUUGUGGUACUUGAAGGCAGUAGAAUCACUAUCUCUGCUGCCAAACUUGAAGGCAGUAGAAUCACUCUCUGCUGCCAAAAUGAUCUUAGGUUCUCAGGCUCAGCCAGAAAUGUACUGUUAUCAAAACGGCUACCUCUUAAAUCUACAAUACUACAUUGUCUCUAACACUUACACACACCAUAUACAUUGUCUCUAACACUUACACACACACACAUCAUAUACAUUGUCUCUAACACUUACACACAGUUUAGAAAUAUAUAGCACUUACAAACACAAUAAUCUUGCAAUUCAUAUAUGAAACUUGACCUCGGACAAUAAGUUAGCCAUUUGUUGCUCAGAAAACUGAUUUCCACACAUUUUCAUGAGUCCUUUCACCUUCAGUACAGGCUUCUAUUUAGAUCUGAGGAUAUUUGUAUCCCUCUGCAUUAUAUUAAUAUGACAAAGUACCAAAACAUUGUAUAGAUUUGGCAAUAAUUGAACACUUUUGUCAUUCCUCAGUCUGUUGUCAGUUGUUGUGGAUGCAAUGAUUUGUAGAUCACAUGUUUUCAUCCCCAGUCACUUUUCACCACAGCACUACACAAGUUUAACUUCAAUGCAAUGCUUCUUCAGAAACUUUGUGUUCUCCUCAAGUAACACAAUGAGCAGGAUGUCCACUGUUAUCAGCCUCAGUGGGUGGAGGUCGUGAUUCUACUGUAAUUACAGUAUAAAUUUGGAAAAAUUGCUAAAGAUACUGCAGUCAGUAAUGAUUUCAUGGUUUGAGCUGUCAGAAUUAUUUUCCAUUAAAUGUAUGACUUAAUAAUAGUCAUCAGUGAAGCUGUAUUUAUCGGAAUGAAAAGAUCUGGUGUUUUUGUACAGGUAUACAUAGCUAAGUACACAGGUAAAGGAUGAGGUACGUCCUGUACACACACAAUGUGAUUAUGUCUGAUCCCAGUCCUGAAUUAUGGAAGAUAGUCAUUAUUUACAUGAAUUCCAUGGCUAAGCAUUUCCAUAUUUUGAUAGUGUAACAUUUUACAAUUUAGUGUAACAUUUUACUAUUUAAGUUAUGAGUUUGAGUAUUGUUAGUGAUCUUGGUGCAUGUAGCUACAGUAUUCUGUUAUGCUGGACUGUUGAAUUUGUUUGUUGAUUACAACAACUGAUAUGCAGUAUAGAGUGGACUGUGCCAGUGUGCACUGAUGGUGUAGAGUGCUUCCCCUUUGUAUGGGAAAGGGGAAGUAAUAUAUGGAGAUUGGAUCCAGAUAUAUGGAAAUACUUUAUAGAAAUUUAACAGAUUUUACAAUAAUUAUAAAGAAUUGUUUAAUAGAAUGAUGUUUGUGCCAUACCAGUCAACACAUCAAGGAGUGGUUUGAUGACUGUGUGGAUAGUUACUUACAUCAAAGUGACCAACAAACAGUCUUUCCUCGGAAGUUUAUGGUCUGUGUUAUGGGGAACAUCCAGCUGAUGUCAGUUAUGCCUUUGUUGACAAUGCAUUAACAUGUUUCACUUGGUGCAGCUUGUCUAAGAACAAAGAAGGAAAUUGCAGUGAGAAGUAGUCAUGAUACAGUGCAUAACACAGUUUGAUUCUGUUUGGGAUGAGACCUCAGCUCAAGAGGCUGCUGUUUUUUACCUAUAUUUAAAGAGUGGCUCUUAUUUGUGCAUGUUUUAAGCUUCUUGAUAUUUUAAAAACAAGGUAUUGAUAAUAUACUACACACAAUGAUUAAUUUCCUUGUAUCUGAGGGUAUAUUUUCACAAAUGCAUUUAUGUAACUGAACUGACAAGGCUGUAGAUAACUUUUCCCGAGUCAGUGAACCUUUCCUUGAUGUGUGAAAUUGUAUGAAUAUACUGAACAACUGUUUUUGUC